ACACUGAUAACCUUGGUGCUCCUAGUCAUAAAUAUACAUUUCCAUUAUCUACCAUUUUUCUUUCUUUCUUUCUUCUGCGAUUGGAAUCAAAAGACAUGGACACUGUUAUCUCCAGUUCAGCAUCUAUUCUCCCUGCGGUUCCGGUGCGUACAGUUGCUUCCAUCUCUUCAUCUUCAUCUCUACUUCCUCUGGCUCAAUGGCCCACCACAACACAGAGGCUCCUCUCCACUGGAAGAAGAAGAACAACAACAACGAGGUCCCGGAACUAUUCUUCUGCGGUUCCUCAAUUUACAGUGACUUGCGGUGCGGCUGUGGUGGAGAUCAACGAGAGCCAGUUCAAAGACACCGUGUUGAAGGCUACCCGUCCGGUUCUGGUUGAGUUCAUCGCUACUUGGUGCGGACCUUGCCGUUUGGUCACUCCUGCUAUGGAAUCCCUAGCUCAGGAAUAUGGAGACAGAUUAACAGUUGUGAAGAUUGAUCAUGAUGCCAACCCAGGGCUAGUUAAAGAGUAUAAAGUUUAUGGACUGCCAACCUUGAUACUCUUCAAGAACGGCGAGGAAGUUCCACAAAGCAGAAGGGAAGGUGCAAUUACAAAAGUGAAACUUAGGGAGUAUUUGGAUGCUUUAUUGGAAUCGGUAUCAUCAAUUCCAUAGUCAUUCUGUUCAGAGAAACUACCUUGUAUAAGGCAGUUUAACAGGCUUUUACAGUUUUAAUCAAUUGUAUAAUGUAAUUUUAUCAUUUAUGAAGCUGCGAGCGAAUACAGCAUAAUGUGAAGGAAGGACUUUUAUGAUUUUGGUUGGGGAAGGGGGGCAUGUCCUAGGACUUCCUAAAAUUAAAUGGUAUAUGCAAUUUUGAGAGGAUUAUUGAUUUGGA